AUGUUUGAGGUGUUGUGGGGUAAUUCCCACACCAUGUGGCUGAAAAAUGCGGAGGGACUGGUGGUUUCUCUGUGUGCCGAGGGACAUCCUGAUCGUGAUGUCUACUUGAAUAACUUGGCUGUCUCACUCCAAAACUACCACUUCAGUCACCAUGGAAAAUCUGAUGACCUUGACGAGGCCGUCUCUCUGUACAAAGAAGCACUGUGCCUGAGCCCUGUUGGGCACAAAUCUCGUGAUCUACAAUUAGACAACCUAGGGGGCGCCCUCCUCGACGGUCUCAACCAACGCGGUGAGGUAGAAGACAUCAACAGAGCUACCAGCCUCCGUCGCGAGGCACUGACAUUGCGCCCACUUGGGCAUCAAGAACGUGAUACCACACUUUCCUAG